AUGCUAGUUAGAUAUGUAAAACAUUUAGAUAAGAACGAUCAUUGGGAGAUAAUGGGAUGUAAUCAUUGUGUACAUCAAAGUGUUGAAUCAUCAUGGGCAUCUGAAAUUGUGACAACACCUGAUAUGGUAGAUUCACAGACUACAUCAACUGGUGCAAGUACUAUUCAAGGUGUUCAUCGUUUUUGGGCUACACCCAAAACAAAAUCGCAUAGAUUUGAAGAGACUACUAUCUUAAAAUCAUUUUCUCCACAUAUAUCUCGUCAACAUUAA